AUGGGCAACCUUGUCUCGCAGUGCGUCGCGAACGGUGCCGGCGCGCGGCGGCCUCUGGUCGUCGGGCCGGACGGCAGCCGGACGACGGUGGAGGAGAACACCGGGGUCGCGGAGCUGAUGAUCGACGCGCCGGGGCACGUGGUGACUCGCGCCACGGACGUGGCGAGGGAGCGGCGGGUGCGGGCCAUGGCGGCCGACGAGCUCCUGCGCGCUGGCGUGGUGUACCUCCUCGUCCCCGCCGGCCGGGCCGGUGCGCGGCUGGGCGACCAUGAGGUCGAGGCCAUCGGACGGCUGGUCUCCGGGAAGAAGAGCUCGAGGAAGAGCAGGCUCGCUGGCGGCAAAAGGGUCUUUCCGGACGUCAACGGCGAGGAGAACGCGGCUGAAGGUGAAGGGGCCCGCGAUCAUGGACUUGGGCCCAGGCAAUGGAAGCCCGCCCUGGAUACCAUCUAUGAGGCCUAG